ACGACUGCAGUUCCAUCUAGUGAAUUGUAUGCAUUUAUGUUCGUGUCGAAAGUAUAAAAAGUAGUUGCAUGCAGACAUCUUAUACUUUGCAAUGUUUCAUGACUAAACUUGUUUGAAAAAAAACAUUUAUUUGUCAUACACGUGCGUCCUGUUAUAAAUUAUUGACAUUUUCGAUAAAUAAAAAAAAAUGAGGGGAGUGAAGGAAGUUAUUGUAACGAGUGACAGUACCGGAGAGAAUUACAGUGCAGCCGUUUGGGAUCCAACUACAGCAUCACUUCUUUCGACAUACAAACAUGCAUCGGCACUUGGAUUUCACACACUUCAACUUCUUGGCGAUAGUUAUUUAUUAGCAGCUGACGCAAUGAAGCCAUCGCUUCACCUCUGGCCUUUAAAUAGUCAGAAUACAGUUCCCAAUCUCCAUCUCUCAACUCCUGCUAAAGUCACUGCUUUAGCUUCCACUCCAAAUGGAUCCUAUCUUGCAGCAGGUUUAAAAGAGAAAAUUUCCGUUUGGCAAGUUUGCACAGGUAGGCUCCUCGCAACUCUCGCUGAACAUUUCCAAACUGUGACCUGUCUGGUAUUUAAUUCAGACGGAACUGUCUUUGCAAGUGGCGGUGAAGAUGGUUUAAUUUUCCUCUGGUCUCUCGCACAAGUUGCAACGGGGCAAACGAGUCCAAUGCAAUCGUUCACAGUUCAUUCACGAGCAAUAAAAGAUCUUUACUUUGGUAAAUUCGGCUUAAAAGGUAGAUUAUGUUCCGUGUCCGCUGAUUGUACGGCAAAAAUCUUCGACGCUUGUAUUGGCAAAGUUCUUCUAAACGUUCCAUGUGAUGCUCCUCUCUUGUCAGUGACAAUGGACAUAAUUGAAAGUCGAUUGUUUCUUGGCACUGCGAAUGGAAAAAUAAUUCAAAUUAAUCUUCACGAUCCACCUCGUAGUAUUGAGCGUUUUGCAUCGACGGAUCAGGAUAAUGAAAAAUCGGUGAUAAAUGCCCACGAUGGAGGUGUUGUGACUUUAUCGGUUUCUGUUGAUUGUAAGACUCUCGUCUCCGGAGGAACAGAUGGCAUGGUGCAUAUUUGGGACAUUCCUGCUCGUGAAAUUAUCAAGACUAUUAAACACAAGGGACCUAUUGUAUCGGCUUUCUUUGCGAAAUCAUUGGACAAUUUUCGAACAAGAACUCUUAAGCCAAGUGUUAAUGUGAGACCUCUGCAAAGAACGAGUGAUGAUAGUAGUCAAAAUGCUCAUAUACAUGUAGCUUUAAAGGAUGAUAAUAUUACGACUCUAUUGAAUCCGGAUUUGUAUUUUAGCAAUCAAACUGCAAUUGCUUCUUCAUCAGAAAAUGAUUCUGAAAAGUUGAAAACGGCUUUAAAGGAAAUCGAAAAUCUAAAAAGUGUGAAUGCAGCUCUGUACCAGUAUUCGGUUAAAAAUUUACUUUCGAAAGCAAGUAUAGAGUAAACAAUAUAGAGUAAAAAUUAAAAUUUUAAAUAAAUUAUAAUUUUAUAUAAAGACGCAUUUGUAUUCAGAAAUAAAUAUUUUUUGACAGUCUUCUGAUUUUAUCUGUAGAGAAGAUUAACCAAAUUAAAAAUUAUAUUUAAUGAAAA